ACUGGAAUACUCCCUAAAGCGUGAUCUUCCACAGCUCCCGCGAUAGGGAGUCCAUGAAUUGUUAAUGUUUAUCAACGAGAUGCAAUCCACAUUGAAAAGUAAUUUGAUGACACAACAUGGUGUUCAUAUUUCUUUCUGGAAUUAAUGCACUGUUUUUAUCGAGUUUUGGCAUUUUCGGCGCUACCAAAAUUACACUGUUUGCAUGUGUUAUGCAAUUGUUUUGGUCAAUAUGUUUUUUCGCUGCUUUUGUUUUGCGGAGAAGGAAUUUUGAUCUGUCAGUGUCGACACUGUUUUGGAUUGCACUGGCAAAAAGAAGUGUUUGUGCAGCUCAUUCAAUCUGAUUGAAUAUCAUUAAUCGAAAGAAUGAAGAAGUGCCCUGUGGAAAUGAAGUGACUCAAUUGUUUUUAUUGAUCUCUAUCAAUGCUCCCCUACAUAAACUUGUCUCCUGAAUGGCCGACAUGCUAAUCAGAGCUGGACAUUGUCUCUCAACAUUAAUUAUUGACAAGAUUUUAGGUUACCAGAAAGUCAACCUAAGACAUACCGGUAUAUAACUGUGUGAAUUCAAACAGCAUGGCUCCUAUUCUUUCUAUUAAUUUGGAGUAGAAAAGUGACUUGUUUAAAAGUGUGGAGACUUAAUUGACUGUACAUUGAUUUAACAGUGUGUGAAAUGAAGGGGACAUCCUGUGUGUUAUUGAUGACAAGAAAAUGUAGUGCAUAAUAAAACUACAAAUCCAUACCAAAUUGUGAUUGUGAAAAGGAAUUUGAUCCAUUCUGUCUCAAAUAUAUAGGUUUUUUGCAUACAAGUAAUGAUGUACUUUAAAUUGUGAUCGUAUUCCAAAAAACUUAUUUUGUGUCAGUGAGAUAAACAAUAUGUGAAUUGUUUCAUAUCGGAAAAAUAGACUCCUGAUCAUAAAAGACCGAAGGUACAUUAUGGGAGAUCAAAAACGGUUCCCACCUUUAAUACCGAGUGUGGACUCUGGGCUCUGUCAAAGAAGGAUUACUUCAAACUGACAUAGAUGUAACAAAUUGAAUGUGUAAACACCGGCAUUUGUUUGUAUAAGGCAUUGUGACAAACUGUUUGUACCCUAUCUAAUACGUACGUACCAGGGUAAUGGUCUGGUUUGCCUACACGGCCAAUCCAACGCUAGCGACGGCCCAGGAGGUGCAGUGUGGCAGUGUCUUUGUGACCUCUAAGGACACUGUACAGAAAAUCAAGUCCACCAUCUUAGCAACCCACGUCAAGCACAAAAAGUCCAGCAAACAUGCACUAGCUCUUGGCACCAGUUUUGGCCAUGUGCACUCAUUUCUGAAGGAUGACCUUCACCUUUUGCAGAAGUUGGAGGAUGGUCAGGAUCAGUGCUUGAUGCUGAUAAAGAAACCAAAGUCCUCCGCCAAGCAGAUGCUAAAGUCUCAGAGCUGGUCAAACCUAACAUCACCGUCGAAUUCUGGUAUCUAUCACAAAACGGAUGAAGAGGACUUCCGCUCAAAAUUCAAAUCAAAGAUGAGGAGAAAGCCAUCAUCCGAUUAUCGCUUAGCUCCUGUUCGAGAUUUGUCACCGCCAAGCAAUUUAUCGGACGAUGGAGGAUUUUUGAGUCAUCCAACCAACAAUGUUAAUCGGUGGAAGAGGAUGGAUGAUUCGGCCUCAGACCUAUCUGUGUCUAGUGGGUAUAAAUCCCUGGAUCGUAAGGACCAUGGCAGUUUCUUGAGACGAUCACAACAGAGGGAGGAGCAGAAUGGUUAUCAACAUCUUCGCAAAGAUGGAAGGCGGUACCAAAGCCAUAGUGAUAUCUACUUCCAGUCUCCUAAAAAACUGGUGACCAUACAGCCAGAGGAUGACGACUGUACCAUCAAAAGUGAUGAAUUUUACUCUGAGAGUAGUAGUACCCAGGCCAAUACUACUCUGACAUCAGAGCUGGACGAAUCCAAGGACCAAGAGACAGUGCCCCGCUCUCACAGUCUGGGUGACCUGUCCACCGGUCUGACCUUGUCCAUUGUGGGUCAGAGGAAGGCCGAGAGCAUUCAGAACUUGUCUUUAGCUGGUCAGAAAAGUCUUCAGAAAAGAACCGGUUAUGCUAAAAGGAAGACUGAUGUUAGAAGUCAAGGGAAGAGUCCCAAGGGCAGUAAAAGCAAACAGAGCAUAGAGAGUCAGAUACAAAAUAUCAUUCAGGUGGGGGAUGAGAGCGAUGUAACGUCAUCCACCCCGGAAAUCAAUGGGACUUCCACACAGCCAAUCAUCUACAAAUCCAAUAGUCAUUCACAACUGAUGAAAGAGAGCUCUCAUAAUUCUCUGAAUAAUGUACAACGUGCAUUGAAGGCUGACCUGUUGCCUGACAAACAUGGAAUAAACAUGGCAAAAACAGAGAGGGAGGAAGACAAUUCUUCUGAUAAAAGCAGCCAAUCGACGAGGAGUUCCGUGAAAACACCAAACAGACCUAGACGGACACUGCCGGUUGUGCCAAAAGGUUCCGAGGAAGUGGGUGACAAGAAGAAAAAAUUCUCUGAGAUGGUAAAGAUGCGAGUAUCUUUACACAGCAGCAAUAGCUGCAGUUCUGUAUCCAGGCAAUCUCUCCUUUCUCCAGAAUCUGAAAGUGUGUCACAAACUGACUCCCAAACAGACACACCAUCUGAUAAAGAAGUGUCAGAGCUUUUCAAUGGACAUUCAUCCAAAACUCUUAGACACAAUCACUUCACAGACAUUACCACUCAAGACUGCCAAAUGAUAAAUGCCAGUGGAAUACCAUUCAAUGGGAAUGUGCAUUCUUCUCUACCUUCCAGUGUGAGAUCAUGUGAUUCUGGGCAGACGACACUGAGGUCAUGUGACUCUGGACAAGCUACACUGAUGUCACUAAGCAGUACAGUGGACUCUGGAUAUCUCACUACAGAUGCGGAAAGUGAUAUUUCCUCUUACACCAGAAGCUUACAGAUUUCAGCCCACAACCUCUACUCCUCUAACAAAUUAAAUGGCUAUGGACAAGGAGGUGUUCCAAAGCAAGAAAUGGAUAGAAGUUUCUUCAACGGACAUCAAAGAUCCCCAAAACAACAACCUAUUUCUAGAAACAAUAUGUACCCAAGUAGCAAUCCACCAUCCAUGCAACCUACUAGUGCAGUGGUACAAAAUCAUCAUUCUCAACCUCAGAUGAAUAGGUCAUUCACUGCCCAGGUCAAAUCUCCGACUGCUGAACGACAAGUGUUCUACCCAAACAAUGUUCAUUCAGACAAAUCUCAUGAUGUGAUGCGAAGGAAUUCAGCAUCAAAUAUGCAGAGUGAAAAAGGAGGAAGGUAUUCUCUUUCGCUUCAAAACGAAUUGAACACUCAAAAUUUGAAACAAAAUGCUCCUAAAGAUGCAAAUUUGAAUGAGAAAGCUCCAAAAAUGAGACCGUUGUCGGCCCAAACUUCUGGCAUCAGGAUACAAGACAACACUGUGUCUUCAACUCAGCAAGUGCUGGACAAUUCUCAGCAGCAUCCGCCUACGAUGCCAAUGUCUGCUGGACAUCCUGUACCAAAGAGCGCAGAGCAUCAGUACCUGGUGAAAACCAUCUCCUCAGACAGCCCGGCCAGAAAAGAUUUGAUGGAGAACUUCUCCCCUGAGAACUACCCCUCCCACUCCACUCCUACCUCUAAAGGGCUAUCAUACAGUAAUACUCUCCCCCGAUCGUCCAACCCUUACAAUCAAAAGGUACUUGGUGGUUCUUCCUCCUCCGCUGUCAAACAAUUCUCCAGUCCACAACCUGUCAACUUUACAGGAAACAGUGCGGCUCUGGACUGUGAUACCCACACACUGAAAUCAAAAUAUACUAUGUCUUGCCAAGCCGGACCAGUGAAUCAAACACAGGGCAAUAAUUCAGAGGUGAAAUAUUCCUCGGAAAGCUCAGGACUGAAUAACAAUAAUAAUACCUAUGUGUCUACCUCAAUGGCUGUGCCUGCGUCAGUCAAUUACAACGUGCAGAAUAAGUUAACUCCAAAAGUAUUUAACCAUGAUUAUGUCAAUGUACAGGGAAGGGAAAUCAGGCUAGGUAUGAACUAUGAUUCAGUGGAAGCAAUCCCGUCCGACAUUUCAAACGUUUAUGAGGAGUACCAUAAUGGCUGCCAAGAGUGCAUCAAGCAGGAAUUCCAGAGUCAGGGACCCCUCUUCCCUAGAAACAAUCAAUCAGACACUGUUUUUGUUCCACAGAAUGUGGGAGCAAAGGUUCCUAGUUUGUUCCAAUUACUCCAAAGUUAUGACCUGCACCCUUUGUACCUAAAACUCUGUGAUAAUCUCCCUGCCUCUGAUUUCAUUACGUUUUCCGACUGCUCCAUUGUGCUCUCGAACAUUAAACUAGACAAAAGAGACGCUAUAGCUAUCUCCACCCCUCAGGGUAAGUGUGCCACCAUUGGGGGCCCAGGAAGUGCCUUUACCCCUGUGAAGAAUGCGGCUGUAAGUACCUCCUCUACAUUCACCAUGGUAACGGUUGCCAGCGUUACCACUCACGCUGGAUGUGACUUUGAAGGGAUACAAAAAGGAGACGUCGUUAUUGAGGUAAAUGGUGCUACAACAAUGGCGAUCCCUGCAGUCUCCUUGAAAGCUGCCAUCCAGGCACAGCCUGGGGAUAUCCGUCUGCUGGUGGCUCGACCAAAGGAGGAGAAGGAGAAUGAGGAGAAAACAAUGGAACAGAAAAAUGAAGAGAUUGACAACCUGAAAAAGCAGCUAGCCACUAUGUACAUGGACCUGCAGAAGAAGAACAGUGUUCUCCAGGAGCUAACCUCCCAAAGAACUGUGACCAUUAAAGCCAGAAAGUCCGAGAUUAACGGCAACAUCAUGAGUCACGAAGCAAUACUGAACGCUCUCAGUGAAGACGAGUACAUAGUUUGAUGUUGCUAUGAGAAAUUUAAUGAUCUGGUGUUUUUUUUAUGAAGAAAGUUCAUAGAUUUUUGUUAUCAAAAUUGUCUGAGAGAGAAAUCUCAUAAAUAUUUACCACUAAUAUCGAUGGCAUUUUGAUUAAUUAACUUGACUUUUGAAUAUGAAUUUAAACUUGUGCAUUCCUUUUACCCAAGACCUAAUAUCAUGUUUAUUCCGUGUUUUGUAAUAUUAAAGGCAAACCAUGACCAUUAUUUCAUAGUGCAAUCAAAUCAGUUAAAUAUUUUGUAUUUCUUUCAUUACAUGUGUUAUUUGUUUUAUUAUGGUAUGUAUUUCUUCAUUGAAUCAUCCAAUUGUCUGUCAAUAUUAUUCAAGAUAGGAUUUCGUUGAAGAUCUGGUUCAAUAUGCGUUGUUAUUAAAUGUUACGGAGAGUGAAGGAUUCCUCUUGCAAUACUGGAAACAGGAUCUUCCGACUUGUAUGAAGUUUGGAGUAGGAAUAAACUGGAAAUAUACA